UGAAAUAUGAAUUCAGUGUUAAGAUAAAUAAACCAGCAUCGAAACUAAAACAGGAAACGAAAUUCUAACACUACGUUCUGAACAACGGUGAAAAUAACUCUCUUUUAACUGUCUAAAAUUAGCUAGACUGCCUACACUACCUGUUCUUGUCACUCCCAAACAUCUGGCGGCGAUGGGGGACUUCAGUGAGGAAAUGUUUCUGGAUUAUAUUUCUGCGGCGGGAGGGAAAGUGAAGAACACAGACCUGCUUAAAACCUAUAAACAUUUCUUUAACCAUAACGACAAGCAGCUCCGAGCAAAGUACAGAGAAGAGUUCAAGCUCAUCAUUGACAAGAUUGCUGUGGUCAAGUCAGAGAAUGGAGAGAAGUACCUGGUUCUCAAGAAGAAAUACAAGCAGCUGAUGGUGGAGAGGAGAGGCAGAGAGGAGAGGCAGGUGGCUGAGAGGGAGAAGGAGAGUGACAGCGAGACACAAGCCAGCCUGCUCGGGGCUUCAGGCGAGGUUCCCUCACUGCCCAAAGCCCAGACGGACCUCCACGUACCCGACUCAGGGCAGCAGCUGUGCCUCCCCACGGGUGCAGCCAGCGGCAGGACAGGAGAGCGGACACAAACUAACACGCCCUGGUGCGAAGCCCCUGUAGCCACGGUUACGGCGGUUCCAGAACCCACAGUGACAAUGCAGGAAACCCCCUCCUCUCUCUCAGGGCCUAAUGAAACCACAGCCCUCCAGCCUCAGGUGGCCCAGAACACUACGCAAAGGGAUGAGCCCGAUGAGGACACGGGGUCAAAGUCAGAUUCAGAGCCGGAGGAGGAAGCCACAGGCAGCACGGAUUCCCCAGCAUUGGCUCUGGACCCUCUGGAGAAGGAGUGGAUGCAGUCGGCGGCCCAUGGACAACUGUCCAACCUGUCUGAGCUGCUGAAACAGGAGCCCUCUCUGGCCCACAAAAAGACAGCCCUGCACUGGGGUGCCAAACACGGCCGCGAGGACAUCAUUACCCUGAUGGCCAAAGCUGGGGCUGAUAUCAACACCAAGGCUCAUGGGGGCUACACCCCUCUGCACAUUGCUGCAUUGCAUGGACAUCGGCACAUUGUGGACCUCCUCAUUGGGACUUAUGGGGCAAAAGAGAGCCUGAGAGACUACAGUGGACAUCUGGCUUGCCAAUACCUCAACAUACAGGACCCGCCAGGAGGAGACAAUGAAUUACAAUUCCACAUGGCCCAAGCCCAGGAGCGCAGGAACAGGAAGUUGUCAGCAUUCUUUUACCCCAAGGCUUCUGGGAGUUCUAAGAAGAAGUGGGGUUCAGUGGAGGACCUGGCGCCAGUGACUGAAGAGAAAGGGACCCCCCAUCAGGUCCUUUUACCUGCAUUUAGGCCCCGGAAGUUCUCCCGGUAGGCUGCAGUGAGACAGAGACUGAAUCCACAGACAGCAAA